AUGAGACCCAGAGGGUCUCCACCCUCUCUUCCGUUUCUCAAUCUCUUCCCAUGGUCAUCACGGAACAAGAACAUCGCACUACCGCAUUCCAAACACUACUACGCCACCGAAAGUCCAAAACACGAUGAUGGCAAACCGUCAUGGAUUCACACUCUUGUACUUGGAUUUUCAUCAUGGAUACAUUCGCAUAGAGAUACUACACCAUCCAAGCCUACCCAAAGUUCAGGAAGCGGGACGAAUCGGUGGGUUCACUAUACCGCACUUGGGUUAUGGAGAGAUGCUUCGCAGGACCAAAUCAAACAAAGGUAUUACGAGCUGAGCAAGAAACACCAUCCUGACGUCUCUCAAGAUUCAAGUUCUCCCGAAAUUUUCAAAAAGGUUACGGAGGCUUAUGCUGUACUUGGAAAGAAAAAGACCCGACGGAAAUACGAUCAAUACGAGCAGUUGCAUUCUGCUCUUAUCACGGGACUGCGAGAGGGGCAAGUGCCCUCGUCUUCACCCCGGCCGCUUGAUCCCACUUUCUGGGAUCCAGUAAAGUCAGGCUCAUCGACGACGUUAUAUCGCCCGCCUGCUGGAUACUGGACGGCAAUGAACAAGAUCACGCGAGAGAGGGAGAAGGAGAAGUUGAAAGCUCAAGCAGCUUCGUCCUCUCCCCAGAAAGCCAUGCCUCAUGACAGACCAGAAGAAAAUGAGACUAAAGUUCGGUUAAGCGAAUUCAAACUGAAAGUAAUAAUUGCAUUCUCUGUGGUAUUCACAGUGGUACUUGUCGAUCGGGGAGUCGGGAGCUUACUUGGAUAUACCAGGGCCUUGCUGGUGCAAUUACUGCAAGACAACAGUGAGAGUGAAAGCGGUGCAUCACAGGGACGCAUAGAAGACCCUACAUCACAAACUACUGAUGCCUGCACCGAUGGACAGUAG